AUGGAAUAUAGAAAUAAUGUCACGGAAUUUAUCCUUUUAGGACUGUCUCAGACUGCAGAAGUAGAAGCUGUUUGCUUUUCAGUGUUUUUGGUUUGUUACAUUGCGAUUUUGGUGGGAAACCUGCUGAUCAUGAUUUCUGUCACUUGCAGUCAACUUAUUCAUCAGCCCAUGUAUUUCUUUCUGAGUUAUCUCUCACUCUCAGAUCUUUGCUAUACCUCCACUGUGACUCCCAAGCUCAUCGUGGACUUACUAGCAACAAGGAAGUCCAUUUCCUACAAUGGCUGCAUGACACAGCUUUUCACCAUGCACUUCUUUGGGGGGAUUGAGGUUUUCAUCCUCACAGGAAUGGCCUAUGAUCGCUAUGUGGCCAUCUGCAAACCUCUGCACUACACUGUCAUCAUGAACAAGCAAAGAUGUGAUGCCAUGAUCGCGGCUUCUUGUGCUGGGGGAUUCCUGCAUUCCUUUGGGCAGUUUCUGCUCGCCAUUCUUCUGCCGUACUGUGGCCCCAAUGAGAUAGAUCACUACUUCUGUGAUGUGUAUCCCUUGCUGAAAUUGGCAUGCACGGACACAAGCAGAAUUGGCUUCUUAGUUAUCGCCAAUUCAGGUGUGAUGGGCAUGGUGACUUUAGUGGUAUUGUUAAUCUCGUAUGGUGUGAUACUCUAUACUGUGAGGCGCUACCCUGUGGAGAAUCGACGGAAAGCCCUUUCCACAUGCAGUUCACACAUCACUGUGGUGGUCCUGUUUUUUGCUCCCCUCCUGUUUGUUUACAUUCGACCAGCAACUACUUUUCCAGAAGACAAAGUGUUCGCUCUCUUUUAUACCAUCAUUGCCCCCAUGCUCAACCCUCUAAUCUACACACUAAGAAACAUGGAGAUGAAGAAUGCCAUUAAGACACUUUGGUGUCGUAUUACAGGAUGUCAGUAG